AAUUUCCCCCAGACUCGGGUAGGAGGAAGCUCCCUGUCAGAGUGAUGUUGGCCGAAGCCACGAGAGAAGCCCAGGACCUGUUCAGCUGCAGUCUGUGCGGGAGCAAACUGCAUGGGGAGGAAAUUGUGGUGGCUCACAGAAACAGCCAUCUCGGGAGAGAAAGCUGCCUAAAGAGUGAGAGGCACUGGGGAUUUUUCUCAGCGCGAGUGCACCAUGUCAGCCUCUCAAAGCCGGGCCAGGGCCAGGGAGCGAAAUAACAUUCUGAAUCGAGCUGAGUUCCUCUCCUUGAAUCAGCCCCUGAAAGGGGCCCAGGAGUCCCGAGGUGGCGGUAAGAAGCCUUCGGGGCCCUCUAUUCCUCCUCCCCCAACCAACGAGGGAGCCAAGGAACGAAGACAGUCCCAGCAGCUGCCGGAGGAAGACUGCAUGCAACUCAACCCAUCCUUCAAGGGGAUCGCAUUCAACUCCCUGCUGGCCAUUGACAUCUGUAUGUCCAAGAGGCUGGGCGUCUGUGCCCACCGGGCGGCCUCCUGGGCCAGCGCCCGUUCCAUGAUCAAACUCGUCGGGAUCACGGGCCACGGGGUCCCGUGGAUCGGGGGCACCAUCAUCUGCUUGGUCAAGAGCAACACCCUGGCUGGACAGGAGGUCCUUAUGAACCUACUGCUGGCCUUGCUCCUAGACGUCCUGACCGUGGCCGGGGUCCAGAAACUCAUCAAGAGGCGAGGUCCCUACGACACGAGCCCGGGCCUCUUGGAUUACCUCACCAUGGACGUCUACGCCUUCCCCGCCGGACACGCCAGCCGGGCCGCCAUGGUGUCCAAGUUCUUCCUCAGUCACUUGGUGCUGGCCGUCCCGCUCCGGAUCCUCCUGGUCCUGUGGGCCUUCUGCGUGGGGCUGUCCCGGGUGAUGAUUGGGCGCCACCACAUCACCGAUGUCAUCUCCGGCUUCAUCAUCGGCUACUUCCAAUUCAAGCUGGUAGAGCUGGUCUGGUUGUCCUCCAACACCUGCCAGAUGUUGAUAUCCAUCUGGUGAAAGCUGGCGGGACUUGACCUUGAAAGAGAGGGAGAGAAGAAGGGGAAAAAAGAAAGACUUUCCGGUGGAAGGAGAGUUUGAUGCGGCCCCCCUCUUGAGUCUCUUUUGAUAAAUGCAUAAAAUGUCCCUGCCUUUGAUUGGAGAGCAGCGACCUCGGGCUCUAACGUCUGAGGUUAAUGGAGUUAAAAAAAAAAAAAUAUUGUUUUUCUGGCUGCCGGCAUAGGGUUGGUUCGACUUGUUCCAGUCUCCGUCCCCGACCUGGGUGGAUUUCAGUGAUUUAGCUUGUCUCCCCUUUCCCUUAAGAUAGGCCGCUGUAAGGUCCAAGACUGGAAUGAUCCCGCUCUAGAGAGAAUAGGGAAAGACACAAU